AUGUCUGCCUCACGCCUAGCAUCCAGCUCGCGCCUCCUCCUGACCCGAUCUGUCCAGCCCGCAAGCCGUCUGGCGCUCCCGGUCAGCCUGGCUCGACCCGGACCCUCAUCUUUCCGAUCGCUCACCACCGCUCCAUCAGUCUCAAAGCGGGAUGCAGGGGAAGAGGGGAUACAUGCCAAGCUGGCGGCCAAGUUCCCAGGGAAGAGAUUAGAGGUUCAGGAUGUCUCAGGCGGAUGCGGCAGUUUCUACGCCAUUGAGAUCUCAUCCCCGGCUUUCAACGGUCUGUCGACGAUAAAACAGCACAAGCUGGUGAAUGAGUGCUUGAAGGAGGACAUCAAGGGGAUACAUGGUUUGCAGCUGAAGACAAUACCGGAAGAAGCAUGA